UGAUUGCAUUAAUUGCGCAGGUAGACUUUGUGUUGGGUUGUAUCAUUGACUGAUGACUUUAUUUAGGGGACCUUAUAGAUCAUAAAAGUUACUUAUUUAUUUGUAUUGGUAUCUGUAGGCUUAUUGAUGAGCUUAGGUUCAGCAAUAAAAAAAAAAAACAACAACUAAACAUUGUGAUUGUGUAACAGGACCUUCACCCUGACUACUUUGAUGUUCCACGACAAGACUAAUCAUUUAACAAGCUCAUCUUAAAUAUUUUGGCAGUAUAAAAAAUUGCAGGAAGGAGGGGCAUCACAGCGAAAACGCAUGGACGUACGCAUUUCCCUUUUGCAUCAUCAUAUGUGUGGCUUAUAUACAGAACUAUAUUCUGAUCGUACUGUAGUCCACCAGUGGAAGUGGAGGGAGUCAAGCACAGGGCAGAAGGUUUCAAAUACAGCAUGUCAGGGCUAGAAAGUAAGACAGAGGUCUUCACGGUAACCGAAAUGGGGGAGCCGAAGGUGGAGAAAGACAUUGGCAACAGAAGUAAGAUACGAUGCAAAUAUGAGCUGUACGUGCAGCCCUGUCUGGCUGAGCUGUUGGGAACCUGCUUGUUCGUAUUUGUGGGGUGUGCCUCUGUUAUCGGGAACGUGGAAACGGGGGGUGUCAUCCAGCCUGCCGUGGCACAUGGACUGGCCCUGGGAGUGCUGAUCACAGUGUUUGGACAAAUCAGCGGGGGACACUUUAAUCCUGCAGUGUCGCUGAGCGUCUACCUGUGCGGGGGGAUGAAGCUGAUUUUGCUCGUACCUUACAUCGUAGCUCAGAUGGCCGGAGGAGUGGUUGGUGCUUUUUUGUCAAAGGCAGUGUAUCCCUCUAAUAACUAUACCGCUUCCCUCGGAGGAGCCUUUAAAGCGGUCUCUGCUGACGCUGGUAGAUCCACCCUGGUAGAAAUGUUGUUGACCCUGAUCCUCACCAUGGUGGUGUGCCUGGGGGCCGUCAACAGGAGAACCCAAACAGACGGGGUUCCUUUUUGCAUUGGCCUCACUGUGGCUGCCAACAUACUUGCUGGAGGGACUUUGUCUGGAGCUUGCAUGAACCCUGCCCGUGCCUUUGGUCCUGCCAUGGCUGCCAACCACUGGGACAAUCACUGGGUCUUCUGGGUUGGACCCGUUGCUGGUGCACUGCUAACUGUCAGCAUCAUCAGGUUGUUGAUCGGUGACCAUAAAACUCGAGUUGUGCUAAAGUGAAGGCCUAAUUCAUUAAAGAGGACUGCAGAGACCACAACCAGUUGAUGGGUAUCUUGGCAUCUUUUCCAUUCGGAUGGUCAUACAUUUCUCAGCAACAUGGGAAGAAUCUGUGCCUACAGAUAUCCACCAUAACUGUUGGCUUCUAUUGUUUGGCUGGAAAAAGUCCAGGCAUAUUUAACAAUAAAAGUUUCUUCCAAACGCUCA